AUGUCUAAGGAGACUCAAUUGAUAAAUUGCCCAGAAACUGGAGAUUUAUUGGAUUUACCAGAAGGAUUAAAUAAAAUUGAAUGGAUACCUGAUACCAAAUUUUCUAUGUGCGGAACAUUUAUAAUUCACUUGGAAGACCAUACGAUGGGAGCCCUAAUUAAAUCGCAAUUAAAUUUGGAUGAAAAUGUUACGUUUGUUGGAUACAGGAUUCCUCAUCCAUUGGAGUCACUUUUGGAGCUGCGAGUAAAGACUCGCUCCAAAAGUCCAAUAUCAUCACUCUUAUACGCAUUGGGAAUGUUGAAGUCCGAUGUAUCUAAUUUGAAAAAUGACUAUAUGUCAAAAAUACACUCCAUUCACUAA